UAUGAGAUAGAUAAACAAAAUUAACAAUUAAAAUAAUGUCACCCAUACAUUUAUUUCAGUUCUUCCUUUUCAGUCUAUGUGUACAUAUUUUUACAGUAUACAUUUAUGUUAUUUACUACAUCGAUUUAUUUUAUUCUAUACAGGAUAUAGAAUCUGAAUAUGAUUUUAUAAUAGUUGGCUCCGGCACAGCAGGCUCUCUUAUAGCCCACAGACUAGCAACAGAAACAAACCACACAUUCAUUGUGCUAGAAGCAGGAGGCAAGAGUAAUCCCUUAUUUGAAAUACCCAUCUUUGGGCCACUGCUACAUGGCUCUGUGUAUGAUUGGCAAUAUGAGACGGUUAGACAGGAUAAUGCUUGUCUAGCUAUGGUUGGGAAUAAAUGCAAGCACAUACAAGGAAGAAUACUGGGAGGUUCCGCUAAACUCAACAACAUGAUACAUGUAAAAGGAAACAUAUCACAUUAUGUAGACUGGUUUCACGGAAAAUACAGCGAACAAUAUAUCAAGGAACAGUUCAAUUUCAUUGAAAACAAUAUCCUACAACUUAAUAAACUACAGUUUUCUAGUGAAUUGUCGUCAAAUAUAUUAAAAGCAGCGAAAGAGUUAGGUUAUGAGGUAAAUAGUGAUUUAAAAGUGGGUUUUAGUGAACCAAUCCUAUCGCAAAUUAAGGGUAAGAGAUGGGCUAUUUCUGAUAUUUUAGUUAAUAAGUAUGUAAGAGUUAAUACUAUAGUUGAACAGCUAUUAAUUCAUAAUAAUAAGUGUAAAGGUGUUCAACUAGCCAAUAAAAAGGUAUAUGCCAAAAAAGGUGUGAUUUUAUCAGCUGGAACAUAUAAUAGUCCUAAAAUAUUACAACUAUCUGGUAUAGGACCAGGGCCCCUUUUAAAUUCUUUAGAUAUUCCGUUAGUUAAAGAAUUGCCAGUAGGAAAAAAUUUGCAAGAUCAUAUAGGAACCGGUUUAGACUUGGUGCUCUUUAAUGAAUCAUUGUCACUCAAUUCUUUUACUAUUUAUAAUCCAUGGCAUAUUUUUCAAUAUUUUAUUUUCGGUAAAGGCCCAUAUACAACACCAGGCUGUGAAGCUAUUGGUUUUAUAUCCACCAAAAAUAGCACUCAGCCUGAAAUUGAAUUCAUGGUGUUGCCAGUUGGCAUUAGCUCAGAUAAGGGGAGCCAUUUACGAAAGAGUUUCAUGCUAAAAGAGGAUGUAUGGAACAAUUAUUUCGCUAAAGUGUUCGAUAAACAUGCGAUUACAGUAUUAGCGACGCUUUUACAUCCAAAAAGCAGAGGUAAAGUUAGAAUUCAAAAUAAAGACCCUUAUACACCUCCAUUGAUAGAUCCUAAAUAUUUUACCAAUAAGGAAGAUGUGAAUACUUUGAUUGAAGCUGUGAAAUUUAUUAAUAAAUUAGUGAUUACAGAGGCUAUGGUGUCUAGUGGCGCGUAUCUAAAUGACAAUCCAUUCCCGGGUUGCCAACAUCAUGAAUUUUUUUCGAAUUCAUAUUUGGAAUGUUAUGUUCGACAUUUAACUUUAUCAAGUUUUCAUCCUGUUGGUACAUGUUCUAUGGGUUUGCCAGGUACAAAAAAUGCAGUAGUAGAUACGUCAUUUAAAGUGAUAGGCAUAGACAAUUUAUAUGUAGUAGAUGGUUCAGUGUUGCCAACAUUGCCGAGCGGGAAUAUUAACGCGGCGAUUGCUAUGGUGGCGAGUAUAUUUUUCGAUUCAAAUAUCAAAUACAAAACAAAUUGUAGGAAUCAAUUUCUAGUCAGUCGUCAAAGUUAUUUUAUGGACGAAUUUGUUUUUAAGGUGUGCCCGUCAUACAUCAAGUCGUUUUAGAGGUUUUUUCAUAGAACAUAGAGGCAUAGAGUUAAAUAUUUGAAUGAAACUAUUUUUAUAAAAUAACCAAAAACUAAUUUAAAUGUAGUAUCAGUAUAUAUCU